AUGGUUCUAGACAUUGAUUUGUUUCGAGAAGAGAAAGGCGGUGAUCCGGAACUGGUACGAGAUUCGCAACGAAAACGAUAUAAGGAUGUCAAACUUGUUGACGACGUUAUUGAUUAUGAUCAACGAUGGAGAAGAGAUCGUUUUUCCACAGAUAAUUUCAACAGGUUGAUCAAUUUAUGCAGCAAAAAAAAAGAAUCAGUAGCUGAUGAUAAUACCGUACCAAUCGAUUAUAUGGAACGCCUAGAAGCACUUUGUGCUGAUGACAUAAAGGGUUUGAAAAUAUCACAAAUCAAAAAACUAAAGAAUACAAUUGAUCAGAAGCUGGUGGAAAAAAGGAGAGAAAUGGAGAAGCUUGAAGCAAAACGCCAUCAAAGGCUUAUUCAGAUAGGCAACAUUAUACAUCCCACGGUGCCGGUCAGUGAUAACGAAGACAAUAAUAGAGUGGAGAAGACUUUUGGUGACAUCAAAACUAAAAAGAAAUACUCACAUAUAGAUCUUUGUAUGAUGAUUGAUGGGUUUGAUGGUGAUCGUGGAACUUCUGUCGCUGGUGGUCGCGGUUAUUUUUUGAAAGGUCCGUUAGUAUUUUUGGAGCAAGCAGUUAUCAAUUUUGCUUUACAAAUGCUACACUGUAAAGGCUUCAUUGCGCUUUACACUCCAUUCUUCAUGCGUAAAGAAGUGAUGCAAGAAGUGGCACAACUUAAUCAGUUUGAUCAGGAGUUAUACAAGGUUACUGGGAAAAGUUCUGAAGUUAUCGGCGACGAAACCAAUGACGAGAAAUACCUCAUAGCUACAUCCGAGCAGCCAAUUGCAGCUUAUCACCGAAACGAAUGGAUUAGUGAAGCUGACUUGCCAAUUAAAUAUGCCGGCAUAUCGUCUUGUUUCCGCCAAGAGGUUGGAAGUCAUGGGCGAGAUACUCGUGGUAUGUUUCGAGUACAUCAAUUUGAAAAAGUUGAGCAAUUUGUCAUAUGUUCUCCAUAUGAUGAUGAAAGUUGGAGAAUACUUGAUGAGAUGGUUGAAAAUGCUGAAGAUUUCUGUAAAGCACUUGGUAUACCAUUUCGAAUUGUAUGCAUUGUUUCGGGAGAACUAAAUAAUGCUGCGGCGAAAAAGCUUGAUUUAGAAGCGUGGUUUCCAGGCAGUGCCGCAUUCAGAGAAUUGGUUUCUUGUUCGAAUUGUACCGAUUAUCAAGCUCGACGUUUGAAAAUUCGUUAUGGGAAAACGAAAAAGUUGGAUGGUGAAGUAUCUUACGUACAUAUGUUGAAUGGUACAAUGUGUGCAACUACACGUGUAUUAUGUGCGUUAUUGGAAAAUUAUCAAGAAGAAAAUGGUAUACGUGUUCCGGAAAUUCUAAGACAAUUUAUGCCACAUCCCUACAAGGAAUUAAUACCAUUCAUUAAGGAAGCACCGAUUGAAAAUGAUUUAAAGAAAAUAAAUUAA